CUUUUAAAAUCAGUGAGAUUUCACUUGUCUGAAGCUCUCAUUACGGUUGCUUCAGGAUCGUGGUCUUAAUUCUCCUUAAGAGGUGCUAUUAAAUGCCAGAAACCGCCUGAGAGUGCCUUUGCAAACGUUUGUUCGGCGUCACUGGAAUAAUUCUCUUGGUUUACGGGAAUUUCUGAUCCAGAUUUGGGGUUUUAUCAUUUUACAACUUUUCUCUAUCCUUUUUAAACCCCUUUUUGAGAUUUUGUGCAAUGCGAAAACUGGUAAGAAAUCUUCUAAUGUUAUUUAUUAAUAUUGGUAAAUUGGUUAUGGUAUGACAACACACAGAAACAGUCCUGUCUCUGCAGAUUUUCUAUCGGAUAAAAUAACCCGUGUUAUUUGGAUGUUACAGGCGAGGAAGUAAUUAGAGAUCUUUUGUUUUCCUUUGUCUACAUGGUUAGUAUCACUUACCUCUCGAUGAGCUGCACUGUGCAGACACUUGCGGUGUCAUCUCAGACUUGCAGUCCAUCUAUUCUGGUUUUGGAGCGUUUGAUUUUUAUUUUAUUUCUCCUCAUGGAGAAUAUGUGAAUCCGGAAGUGACCGGUUACAAUGCAAAAAAAAAUACUGCUUGAGGAGAUGUGUGGUGGAAAUCUGCAUUACUGGAAGUUUGCCUCGUCUUGUGACAGGUCUUUUUCGUUUGGUUUAAAAAGAAAUCCUUAUGUAAUGCAACUGAUCUGUUCUAAUUAAGUCGAUCUGUUUUUAUAAUUUUACUAAGCUUUUGAUUUCUGUCAUAGCUGUAGGAAGAAGUUUGACCACGUACACCUAGACUGAUACAUUUUUUUAUUGCUUUCCUUUCAUCUGUUCAAAGCCCGUUCCUUCCCGACUUAACUGCGUGUCUCCUUGUUCUCAUUUUAUCAAGUGGGAAAUACCAGCACCUUAUUUUUUUCCUUCUCUUUACCAGUAGUGAUGAAUUGGCUACAAAGGCAGAAUCCAAGCGAUGCCCAAGUGUUUUGGUCCCCAGCCUCUGCGUUUACUGGAGAUUACCACGCGGGUUGCGCAUCAGCCAAAAGAGAAGCAGACCUUUGCUAUGAGCAUGACUGUCUUAAGCUGGCUCUUGGGUCCACAUUACAGCGUCACGCUUCUGAAAGCGUUCGUCGUAGCACAAGCAUCUGAUGAGAUAAAAGGCUGCCCACGUGGGAAAACCACCUCAGGAAAGGAUUUCCCUUGGUUUGUUUCCCUUUGAGAAGAGAAGGACCCGGGAAUGCUGAUGAUUAAGAAAUACUAAAACUGACGCUUGGUUCGUUUCGCCAUCCUGCCUUUCUGCCCCGCUGGACCUUGGUGACGCUCGCCAUCCUUUGACAUUUGGGAACGUUUUUCUUCUUAUGUGGAGCUGAGACCUGGGAAUGCGUUAUUAUGGCAGCAGUUGUACAGCAGAAUGAGCUCGUGUUUGAAUUCGCCAGCAACGUCAUGGAGGAUGAGCAGCAGCUUGGUGAUCCAUCCAUUUUCCCUGCUGUCAUCGUGGAACACGUCCCUAGCGCAGACCUCCUACACAACUACUCCGGCUUAACCUGCGUGGACGAACCCAGUGACAUGAUCACUGAGAGCUCUCUGGAUGUCGCAGAGGAGCAAAUCAUAGAAGACGAUGAUAUCACCCUCACAGUUGAAGCAUCUUGUCAUAAUGGGGAUGAAACAAUUGAAACGAUUGAGGCUGCCGAAGCACUUCUCAAUAUGGACUCCCCUGGUCCAAUGCUGGAUGAAAAAAGAAUAACAACUGUGUUUGGUGCAACUGAAGAUGAAGAUAUGGUAGCUCCUAUUACGCAUGUGUCAGUCACACUUGAUGGGAUCCCUGAGGUGGUGGAAGUUCACCAAGCCCCAGACCCUUACGCUGAGUCACCAGAGACUCCUGAAUUUGAACAACCAAAGAAGAAAAAAGGGAAGAAGCCAAAACCCUCUCGUCCUGAGUCCCCUACUACAACUCCGAACAUAUCUGUGAAAAAGAAAAACAAAGAUGGAAAGGGAAAUACAAUUUAUCUCUGGGAGUUUUUACUAGCACUGCUCCAGGACAAAGCUACAUGUCCUAAAUAUAUCAAAUGGACUCAAAGAGAGAAGGGCAUUUUCAAACUAGUCGAUUCCAAGGCUGUUUCCAGGUUGUGGGGAAAACACAAAAACAAACCUGACAUGAAUUACGAAACAAUGGGUAGAGCUCUCAGAUAUUAUUACCAAAGAGGAAUACUGGCCAAAGUAGAAGGUCAGCGCCUAGUGUAUCAAUUUAAAGAAAUGCCAAAAGAUCUCGUCUAUAUAGAUGAUGAGGAUGCAAGCCCUAGCACUGAAUCAUCAGAUUCAACUUUGCUCUCAACUCCUGUGGCCAGUAGAAACCAGUCGAGCAGAUCUAGAGCGUCUGCGAACACUGGAACAAAGGGAGGAUCCACCACAGUUCUAAAAACAGGAAAUUCGAAGCCUGCUAAGCUUAAGGAGCACGUAGAAGUUGUACAGCAGCAGACACCUGGCUUGACUUCAGAAGUUUUGAGGACAAUGCAGUCUACGCAGCCAGUACAUCCCACUCAGCUUUUUCGGACAGUUCAUGUAAUGCAGCCAUUGCAGUCCAUCACAGAAGGACAAGCGGCUGUAACCAGCAAUGUUGCAGAUGAAACGUUAAAUCCGUCAGUUCAGAAUAUAAGGACUUUACAGACUCCAACCCAAGUUCCAGUGGUUGUUUCUCCUGGAAAUCAGCAGCUGCAUACUGUAACACUCCAGACGGUGCCUCUUACUACGGUGAUAGCCAGCACAGAUCCAGCCUCAUCAGCAACACCCCAAAAAUUUAUUUUACAAGCCAUUCCUACUUCACAGCCCAUGACAGUUCUUAAAGAAAAUGUCAUGCUACAGUCUCAGAAGCCAGUCUCGCCUUCUUCCUCAAUCGUGUUGAGCCCAGCACAAGUUCAGCAGGUUCUCACCAGCAGUGUGCAGACAAUUUGCAAUGGAACAGUCAACAUGGCUUCAUCUCCUUCCUUCACUGCCACUACCCCAGUGGUAACUUUUUCACCCAGCAGUUCACAGGUGGUCGCUCAUCCAUCUGGCACAGUGAUCACCUCAGUUAUUAAAGCACCAGAAACGAAACAGAUCGGCGUACAAGGAGCGCUAAAAGAAGAAGACAGUGACAAAUUAGAUGAUACUGAGCAGUCGGAGCAGAGGUUUCAGCAGCAACCGUUUGUGAUGGUAGUAUCCAGUUCAAAUGGUUUCCCAUCUAACGUGCAAGUGAAGCAAGAAGAUGAGCCAUUGGAACCCAAUUCAUAUCAAUAAAUUUUUAAAAAAGACCCUGUGGAUGAUUAUUUUCAUAAAUGUGAUGGGACCUUUUCAGUUAUGUAUAUAUGAUUUGAUUCAGAAGCAAGAUGUUAUAAAGCUACUUAAUUUCUGCAGAUAAUUGUUAGAAUUCAUGCUUUAGAACGGAUUUUGAUUUUCUGUUAAUUGCUAAAUGUUAUCAUAUAAAUAAAAUUAUAUAUUACUCGUUUCAAAAUACAGGCAUGAAGGAACAUGCUUUUCUAUGAAGACUUUCUAAAAGUUUCAGACUUCUUUCUUACUGUACGUUUUCAGCCUGUUGCUGAUUUACAUUGCAGUAACAUUAUUAUAACCUUUUCUGUUUAAUCUAUACAUGUAUCACUUAACUUUUGAAGCAACAGUUACUUUUAAUGGGACAUUUUCAUUCCAUGUGUAUGAAUUUUUAUGAUCAAGUAUCUGUUUCAUAUCAGUGAAUUUACAUCAGUUUUAGGCUCUGAUAACCAGGUAUCCUCUUGCAUUUUUUUUGCAGCACAAGCUAUUGUGUGUGCAAAAUUGAAUAUACACUCCUAUUGAGAGUACAAAAAGCAUUUAUUCCAGUAAUGGACAAUGCCAUGUCUAUAUUUUAUACGAAAACAUCAGAUAUAUUUAAUUACAGAAGCUAACGGCAUCACUACAGGUGCAGAUGUUUCAUGCCAUUUUGUGACUAUGAAGCUUAACAAUCUUGCUUUCUACUUCAGAUUGUUUUGUAAGGGGGGAGGGAAAUGAAAUAUAUACAAUUUAUGCAGGUGUUCUGAGAUUAAUACUUCUAAGAGUUCUUUUUGAUUGUAAAUAAUGUACAUUCAAUGUCACAAGGAAGUUUUUUCAGCUAAUUUGUUUCCAUACAAAUUUUUGAUAGAUGCAAAUAAGAUCAUUAUGUUUAGAGGUCUAAUGUUAUAUGUAUUCAUAUUACAGAGUGAAUUUGUAUUUAAAGACAAAUUUUUAAAUGAUGGAGCCCUCUGAACCUUGGGUCCUUGCCUUUUGUAUUUUUAAUUGGUUUAUUAUGAAAAUAAAUCAAGCGGAAAAACAUUUUUCUGUAUUUACUCUGAAACGUUUUUAGAUUAAUACAGUGUUUUGACGACCACUGUGAAUAACCAAAACACACUGGACAACGUGAUUAAUCAGUGUGGGUCUCUGGUGGGACAUGAGCAAAUAAGAAAUUGAUUAAUUGCUUCUGGACAGACUUGAACACACCCUACAUACUGUGAGCAUGUGAUGGCAUGGUAUGCCGUGAAACAACACUACUUACUGUAUGGCUUUGUAGCUCAAAUGAAAGUUGAGCUG